AUGAGAGCACUUUUUCACUUUUUGGUUUUUAUUAUAAUUGGAAUUAUAUUAACAGUAUUAUGUGUUGUGAUAACUACAAUAUUAUUUGCUGAAAAUUCCCAUCAAAGAGCUCCUCGCUCGGAAAAACGUAUAAUAAUUGAUGCAGAAUGUAUGAAACAAUAUAAAAAUGAAACAAAUUGUGUUUCUGUAAGUUUUCCAAAAUAUUUUUUUGUUAAAUCCCAAGUUCGAAUUCAAAUUUCAGUAAAAAUUAAUUUCAAGAAUUUUGAAGAAAAUUUUUUUUCAGAAGCAUAUUGAUAAAGUUUAUCUGAACUAUUCAAAUCAAACUGAACUCGUUAAUGGAUGUUUUGCUUCUCAGCAAUGUAUCAGAUCGAAUUGCGAAAUAUCGAAGUUAUUUAGUGAUUUGAUUUUGGAAAUUUGUGACUACAAGCAUUUCUAUGUUACUACUCUCAAAACAUGUAUUGAUGAAUUAAGAAAAAUUGAUAAUCGAUUAGAUAAAGACAUUUCUGCGAACGCUGAAAAAAUCAACGAAUUUUGUUCAAACGGAUCAAAAUUAUCACAGGUUUAUUUAGAAGUAAGUUGUUACACACAAUUAUUGUCAAUCAAAAUAUUUUUUUCAGCAUCACAAAAAAAUAAGAGAAGCUCAAAACCAAACUUCAACUUUUUCGGAUAUCAAGUAUUUGCCAAAUUCUUAA